AUGCCCAGGAGAAAGGCUGAAGGGGAUGUUAAAGGAGAUAAAGCCAAGGUAAAGGACAAACCACAGAGAAGAUCUGCAAGGUUAUCUGCUAAACCUGCUCCUCCAAAGCCAGAACCCAAGCCUAAAAAUGCCCCUUCAAAGAAGGGAGAGAAGGUACCCAAAAGGAAAAGGGGGAAAGCUGAUGCUGGCAAGGAUGGGAAUAACCCUGCAGAAAAUGGAGAUGCCCAAACAGACCAGGCACAGAAAGCUGAAGGUGCUGGACAUGCCAAGCAGUGUUGCAUUUUUGAUAACUGUGUACUUCUGGUGACUCUACAGUUUGAAAUACUACUUCUUACCAAGUUUUAUAAAUGGCAGAAUUUUGCUUUACUUCUUUUUUAA